AUGUCCGAUCCAAACCCUUCAAACGGCGCAACGGUCGCCUCACUCCCACCCGCAGCCAUAGCUUUAGCAACCAGAAUGUACGACGCAGCUCGAAAUGGGGAUAUGGAGAUUUUCCAACAAGCUUUACCUCGAGGACUACCGGCUAAUAUGACAAAUGAGAAGGGCGAUAGUCUGAUAAUGUUAGCUGCCUACCACGGUCACGCAUCACUGGUUCGACUUCUUCUUCAGCAUGGUGCGAAUCCCAAUUCGUUAAAUGAUCGAGGACAAUCUCCAUUAGCAGGUGCCGUCUUUAAGGGAGAAUCUGAAGUUAUCGAGGCAUUACUCGAAGGCAACGCAGAUCCAGAACAUGGUUCUCCAAGCGCAAUGAGAGCCGUAGAGUUAUUCAAGCAAGAAGAGCAAUGGUUGAAGAAGUUUGAGGAGGCGCCUGGCAGAGGAAAGGCUAUUUAG